AUGUCACCGACCCAGACCAACUCCGAUCAAAUAUCCACUGGCUCGGAUUCUACGUACACCUUGACCUCGUCACAGAACUCAGCGUCUCUCACAACGCCAACUGCCAGUUCUCGUUCUGAUUCUGUUCAGCCCAGCACAUCUUCAACGUCAAACUCGAACGUUGGAGUUCCAGGUGUUACGAUCAGUCCAUCAGAUCUUUCAUUGUCAAGGUCUACGACCUUUGAUCUUGCCCCAAUUGAAUCGAUUGCUUCCUCACUCUCCCAUGACCCCAUGGGAACUCCAGCCGUAACACCUGCUUCGACUCCAGCAACAACAACACCCUCAGCCAGCACCACCUCAGAACCACCUUGGAUACCUACUCGAACGUCCGGCACCGUCACCGUUGAGACAGUCACAUACAGUUUCAACUUCCUCGUUGAACCCCCUCCAAGACCAGAAAAAGACGGGAAGUCCUCAUCAGAACAAGUGCACAUAGACUUCCUAGCCGCUGUGCCAAAGCUCUUGAGCGCUGCAUCCAUAUUCGACGGCCUUGGUUCCGCGUUCAAAACUUUCUCAUCAGCUGUGCACGCACCUAAUGCGUCAGAUAAGUCCGUUUCCACAGCUGGAUCUGGCUUACUACAUCUAUUCCACAUUGGAUUCUCUGCCGCCGCAGACAUUGGCGGUACUCUCGGAGCUAUCGGGCUGUCGGAAAUCGACAAGAGUGGCAAGCUUUUGAAUCGCUUCAAGCAAACAUCCCUUGGCAUCUUUGACGUUGGCGAGACUAUCAAGAAAAUAGAGCCUUUGCUGGGAUCAAAUCUCAAUUUGGCGAAUGGAAAUAAGCUCUUGGAUUUGUCUGAUGAUAUUACGAAGGGUAUCGGUAUUGGUGAGGGUCUGAAAGAUCUCGCUGAGUUGGCAAACGAGGUAUCGGAUACCGAACCAAAAACUGAUGUGACCACGACCCCCGAGUCAACGGACGUCCAGUCCACUCCUGAACCGACUACACAGACAACGCCAACGUCUAGCCAAUCGUCCUCUAGGUCGUCGAGUAGCUCAAGCUCAUCAAGCAGCGCGGCAGAGACAUUAAAGCCAUAUACGAUAUCCACCAAGCCAGGAACAUCUCUUGCAACGUUCGACGCCUUCGUCAGAAGUCUUCCCGAUGGUGGUCAAGGAAUGAGAGUCGAGCGUCCAAGCAUCACUUUCCAAGCAUAUGGAACUGACAUUACCGACUCUCUUGCCGCGUCUAUACGUUUGAAUCCCAUCAUACGAGCGGUCGUGUAUGAUCCAUUCAUCGAGGAUGACCUAGAUGACUAUAGCGUACUGCCAAAGAUAAUUGAGAAAAGAGUGGACCCUUAUCCAAUGUUGAAUCUGGCACAACAGCCCAUCAGUCCAGCUCACCUCAAUCUCAUCUCCCAAGGGCCCAGGAACGUUGCAGCCAGACGCAACCAACCUCCUCCUUUGAUACCCGACUACCUCAUGUCGCCAACCGGUGGACAAGGAGUUACGAUCUUUGUUAUUGACACAGGCAUCGACCCUGCCCACCCAGAUUUCUUGCACUCAUACACUCAAGGCGAACACUACAUCGUCUCAAACUCCAAACUCCGCCUACCAGAACUGAUGGCGAAUCCUGAUCGUAGCAGCAGUGCCACACAGGCCCUUGUCCCAUAUGUGCCAGACCCGGACAAUGUUAUGAGCGACUCAAGGGACCAUGGGAAUUGCGUGUCUUCCUUAGCUACUGGGAGAGUCUACGGGGUUGCCAAGAGAGCGAGACUCUUCCCUGUGAAGUACAAGAACAGCAAGGGGGCGGCGACGGAUUUGGCAAUUCAGGAUGCCUUCUACGAAGUGAUUGACAUAGUUCGCAACAGGAACAAUGGACUGAGUGGGCCACCACCAAUUCCAGGCUGGGCUGUUUUGAGUUUCUCUCAAGGCUUCGGUCAUCUGACUGGCGAGGCGUUUGAAGAGCGUCGGAGAUUGAUGACCAGGCUUCUCAACGAGUGCUGGAAGGAAGACAUCGUCACCGUCAUUGCAGCCGGAAAUGAAGGCGAAGAUCCUUCUUUCGACCUCAGCCAAGACAUCCCAGCCUGCAUCGGAGAAGUCACCAACCCCCUCAUAACAGUCGGCACAUGCAACAUAGACGGGAAAAGAACAGCAGAGACAAACCAAGAUCGCGGUCGUGGUGGCUCAAUAACAACAAGUGCAAUGGGCGACGAUGCGGUCCGGUGCGUGGCCCGGGGUGUAUCUGGCUCGCAAACACGGCACGGCACAUCCGUCGCAGCACCGCAAGUCGCUGGCCUCGCAGCUUAUUUCCUGUCAUUGCCGCGUUCGGAGCUUCCUGAAGCAAUACACUACGAUACCCAGAUUCCAGAGACGCAGAAUAGGGCUCUGUUCCUUGGGCCGUCUUUGACAGGGGGAAAGUUCAUUGGACCUGAUCUCCAUAUUAAGGGCGCCGUGGCGCAGGCUGUGAAGGAUUAUAUUGGGAGGAUGUCGUAUAAGCGGAUUCCGACCGAAACUGAUGCGGUGAAAGUUACAUAUAAUGGAGUUGAGGAGGGGCUUUGCUCUGUUGUUUGGCCGAAUGCGUCGUUCAAGCGUAAGCGAGAGGGAGUUGUUGAGCUAGCAGAAGGCGAUCUGGUGCCUGUUGUUGUCUCGGGGGUGAUGCAAUCCACUGCUAAUUAUCCCAUGGUAGGUUUGCUCAAAUACGCUCCUAUGUGUUGUUCCUUGCUAACUUCUCGUCAGCCAUCGUCGUGCCCACGACCUUCGUCCGCCAGUUCAUCUUCAUCAGUCGCUUCAUCCGCUUCGGACGCCUCCUCUCCAACCUCAUCCUCUCCCCCAUCAUCUCCCACAUCCUCAACCUCCUCUUCCACAGUUCUCGACCUAUCAACCUCCUCCACAGUCUCACCCACAAUAUCACCAACGCCCUCACCACCACCACAACCAUCAACCUCCCUCCCACCCCCAACACCAAUCAUCCCCCCUCCAGCCGACGUCGCAUCGCCAACUCCCCUGAAACCCACCAAAACACCUAUGAUAUUGCAGACUAUUGAUUUUGGGCCUCUGCUCCCGAAAACUACUUUCUCGACGACAACGAAGAGGGAGUGCAAGCCUUACUUCAACAAUGGACUCCAAGCUCCGCCGCUUUGUUGGGGAUAGUGAUGAUUAUGAUGAUGUGAUAGGAGAGGAGGGGAGAGGAUGGCUAAGGGAGCAAGAAAGCUGGGAUGGGUGGAUAGUUGGUGGAAUGUUGGGAGAGUAUGGAUCUGGCUUUUGGGUCCUUGUCUGGCUUUUGGGUUUUAUUGAAUUUUCCUUCGUAGGGGGCCAGGUUCGAGUAGUGAGUCUCUCUGUCGCUUACAGCUUUUGGUGCUUUCCUCUUCUCGAAAAUUCCCAGUCAUUUUCCUUACAUAGUGGAUUUCGUAUGAUCCUACUUGGCAGCUACACACUUGUCCGAUUUGAUACUUUCACGGAUACAUGUCACCAACUUGAAAUCUCCUGUCGUUCCUGGGAGUGAUUAGCAGAUAUGGCACAUUAGAUGGCAGGCGAUACUAUUGAAAACUGAAAUAGGG